UACAGUGAGAAGAAAGGACAGUUCAGUCUGGUCAGAAAUAAUAAUCAAGAAAGCUGCGACUGACAUCGAGAGACUGCUGGCUAAGAAACAAAAAGCACUUGAGAGACUUGCGAGUGAAGCAGAGCGUCUUCAGAAAGAUCAUCGUUGGCAGGAUGGAAUCAAGGACGGUGAGGACAUUAAUUCCCAGAUGUCAUUGAAACUGGAGUUUGUGUACGAUCCGAACUUUAAAAACCAUGUAAAUUACUCACACACCGCCGUCCAGAUCCCCACAGACAUCUACAGAGGCGCUUCGGUGAUUCUGAAUGAGCUGAACUGGACGCAAGCGUUAGAGCGAGUCUUUAUAGAGAACAGCAGAGAUGAUCCUUCAUUGCCCUGGCAAGCGUUUGGAAGCGCCACCAGUGUCACGAGAUACUACCCAGAACACUGGGAUUGCUUACGAGACAUUGUUGAUGUUACAGCUGCUCGAGCGCAGAUAAAAUGGAGGACAGCGUACAACCAAAGGCAACUUGAGGUGGAAACUAUGGCAAUGCAGAGCUAUCAGUCAGUGGACGUGGACGUGGACAAGGACGUGGGCGGGGCAUAAACAAUGUGACAUCACACUGCUUAGAGAAUUAAAACGACUAGACUGUGAGCAGACUUUGUUUAGAGCUGCUACAAAGCACAGUGCUGUACAGUUUAAAUCCUGGUUUAAAUCAUAGGAACCUGUGAAAUGAAAAGGGACAUUAUUAUCAGGUGGAGCAGUGAAGAGUCAGUGAUCAGAACAGAGAAGAUUCUGGGUUUUCAAUAUAAAGUCUACAAUCAUAAUGAUUUUUGGAUUGAACUAGGAAUAAAGCUAAUUAUAAUUCUGAUGAUCAAAUUAGAACUCAGAUAUAUUUUUACAUUUUUUGUAUAUAUUGUACAUAAUCCAUCAGAAUCGUAUAAGCAAAAUAUGAAGCUAAAUUUUCAAAUGUGAGAAAAGAGAUGUUUUACUGUGAACAGAGACAUUAUAUGAUAUUAUCUCAGGUCAGUUGUAUUUGGUGUUGAUUUAUGAGCUUCGAUGCAAGUUUGAACUAAAGACUCAAUUUUGUUUUAUGUAAUUGUGUGACCGAAGACCUUGAUAAUCAUUUGAAAGGAAAAAUUCAGGAACACGACUAAUAAACAUAAACAUAUUAGCAUAAGGAAAUCAAAUAUCAAAUAAUUAGUUUAACUGGUUUAGGAUAUAAUGCUGCACUUCAAACUGCAUCAAUCUACUAACAGAAUGUUUAAUUUGUAUGCAGUUUCUUAAGAUCACCACUAGAGUUCAUCACACAAUGUGAAGUGUGUUUAUGACCAUCAGCCCUAAUCAAAAAACUUGUUGGGUUUUAGAAAAAUAUUUUAUACAUAUGAAAGAAUAUUCAUUUCAUUUGCAAAAUUUAGAAAAUAUUCUUCCUGAGCUGUAUAUCAUUAUAUACCUGUUACCCUCAAUAAACAUCAAUAUAAAAAAGCCAAUCAUUUUCACACAUCUGAGAAAGAGACACUCAAAUUGAAAUGCUAUGUUAAUACAUAAAGGAGAAACAUAAUGCAGGUUUAUGCAUCAUGGAUGAAUGUCAAGAAGCUGUAGAACAUGGAAUAAUGUUGAAUAUGAAUGAA